UAAAAUUAUUACUCAAUUGAAGGACAGGGGAAACUAUCAAGGGUGCCAGAUGGGAAGGACAUGGUACUGACAGCAGGAGUUGCCCCCAGGUCUGUUCCCUUCAUUUCAGCACUAAGGCAGUAAACCUGGUAAAUCCAGAGUCCCCAAGCUGGGACUUGGGGACUUAGUGUAGCCUAUUACCUUUGAUAUCUCCCAGUGCUGUGCAAUAUCACUUCCCUCUUUCAACCUCAGCACAGCCCAGAUCUGUCUCUCCAGCAUUAUCCGUGAUUGUGGCCUGUAGGAAAGUCAGCAGAGGGGAAGGAACUGCGUUUUGCUUUCCUCAAAUCAUACUCUCACUGCAGAGCAAAAAUACCUUUUCUCCUUCAGCCAUGUUGCUCAUUUUCACUGUGGAUCACUCAAAUCAUGGACAUGGGCACUGCAAAGCUGUGUCAGUGCGAAAGUUGAAGAGAAAACAAAUUAUCCAGAAGCACACUUGAUCUGUCUCCUCUCCCUCAGCGCACUUGGAGGAGGUUCUGGAUAAAUGAUGCACGGCAAGGCGAUGAAAUCAGGAGUAACUCUGAUUUUACUCCUGGCGUGCUGCCGUGCAGCCUCGGGAACCAGAGGUGCUCUUGUGCUCGUCUGAAGCGUGCGAGUCCUGCGGGAGUUCCACAGCGAUCCUAAAGCCUUGGACCCAGCUGGUGAUUUUUAAUUGAUGCUGCUCCGUUUGGCUUCAAGGUUUCCAAAAUAAGGCGGACAACAACAAAAAAAUUUAAAAGUUCAAGAUGUGAAGAACAUCAAGUGACAAAACUGUGUAAGUGUUUUAUAAGGUAGUUUUAUUAAGUCUUUUGUCAGUAGAGAUGUUGCUCCUAACUACCUCUUUAUGACUUUUGAGCCACAUGGAUUUCUAAAUAUAACUUUCUAGUAUCGUUAUGCCUUUUAAGACCAGUGUAGAAGAGAACAGUGUAAUCAGUAGGGGUUUUCUGUCCCAAGUAAACGAAAAAACUCGUUUAUCUCAAGUAGACUAAAGCCCUGUGGGUUUCGUGUCCCAUGUCACCCAACGGGGCCGUGUGGCGAUGCUGGCGCAGCCGAGCGCAGCCCUUGGGGCCGCUGUCCGAAUGCAUUUGGAAGGGCACGGACACACUUGGAGCGCCGUGUGUCUUUGUGCUCCGUGCUUUUGUUGCCCGUGCGGGCGGAGCGGGGCCGGCGGGAGCCGCGCUCCCCUCAGAGCCCCUGAGGGCGGCAGCAAUGGCGGCGCCGCUCCCUCAGCACCGCCCUGGGGCGGAGCGGCCGUCCUUUGGCGCCAAGACGGGAGCGCGGCUCCUCCGGGUCCCGCUCAGCCAUGUCCGCCCCCGCCGAGCCCGGACACUCGCCCGGCUUCAAGAAGCCACCGGCGCUGCUGCGGCUGAAGCGCAAACGCCCUGGGCGGAGGGUCGAUUCCGCCGCCGCGGAAGCCGCCGCUGCUCCGGCCCCGCGGGGCCCCUGUGGAGCCGCCCGCCGCCGCAACCCCUUCUCCAGCCUGGACAACGCUCCGCAGCGGGCGGCCGCCCCUCAGCCCCCGGCAGCGGCCCCGGCGGGCGGGGAUCCAUCGGCAGCGCCCUUCUGGCAGUUUUUAGAGCCGACCUGUGAAGAGAAGCCCCCCAGGAGAGUGGAGCCUGCUGAAAGUUCUGACAUCCUCACCCUAAGCCAGGACCUCCAUUCACCUCUUGCUGUACCCAAAGCUGCCUCCUCGCCAAGACAGGAAUUCCCUGCAGACUGGAGUAUUAAAACACGGGUUCUCUUCGUGUCCUCCCAACCCUUCACCUGGGCAGAACACCUGAAAGCACAGGAGGAAGCGCAGGGGUUUGCUCAGCACUGCAGAGCUACAGAAACCACCUUGCCCCAGAGCGUGCAGGAGCCGCGGCUGUGCUCGGAGCUGCGCUGUGCCUUCCAGCAGAGCCUCGUGUACUGGCUGCACCCGUCCCUGCCCUGGCUGCCGCUGUUCCCCCGCCUCGGGGCAGACAGGAGGAUGGCUGGGAAGGCCUGUCCUUGGGCACAGGACGAGGCCUUGCAGCAAGUGCUCAUGAGUGACUGGUCCGUGAGCUUCACCUCUCUGUACAACCUGCUGCGGGCCCGGCUCUGUCCCUAUUUCUACGUGUGUGCAGCGCAGUUCUCGGUGCUGUUCCGCGCCGCGGGGCUGGCGGGCAGCGCCGUCCCCACCGCCGCCAUCGCCCCCACCACGCGCGGCCUCCGCGAGGCCAUGAGGAGCGAGGGCAUAGAGUUCUCCUUACCUUUGCUUGAGGAAAGUAGAACCAGGAAACAGAAAAACCCGGAGAGUUUGGCAACAGAAGCAGCCUCGGGCCUCGGCGAGGGCAGCGCUGUGGAGGAUGCGGGGGAACCUGCUCCCAGCGAUGAUGAUGAUGAUGGAAGUUUCUCUUGGCUUGAGGAGAUGGGAGUCCAAGACAAGGUGAAGAAACCAGAUACUAUUUCUAUCCAACUUCGCAAGGAGAAGCACGAGGUGCAGGUGGAUCACAGAGCCGAGUCGCUGGUGCUGGUGAGAGGCAGCAACACCUUCAGGCUGCUGAACUUCCUGAUCAGCUGCCGCAGCCUGGUGGCCGUGGCGGGGCCGCAGGCGGGGCUGCCCCCGACGCUGCUGGCCCCGGUGGCUUUCCGGGGCGGGACCCUGCAGACGCUCAAGGCUCGGACUGUCAGCGGCCGUGCCCGGGUGCAGGGGGGCUUUGAGGACGUGUUCAGCCUGGAGCUUCUGGGGCCCGUCCUGCCUCACACCCUGCACGCCCUGACGCUGCUGCUGGGCCCGGCACAGCGCGGCUCCUUCCGUGCCCUGCUCAGCCCCCACGAGCCCAGCGCCGCCUUCAACACCUGCCCGGCCCCGCCCCAGGAAGGUGUGCCCCAGGACCUCCCUGCCUGCGGGCUGCAUCCCAAGACUUUGGAGCAGCUGAGUCAGUGUCCAACCCUGGGAAAAUCGUCCCUCCGCUUGCUGGAAAUGAAGGAUUACUGCUACACCUGGAAGGCCUAAGGAACACCAGACCCUGGAGCACGGUGCUCCUUCCCAGGGCUGCAGGUGCUGAGCUUGGGGCAGGGCAGGAGGGACACGAGUGUGUCACACAUCCCUCACAACUGCUGCGCAUCAACACUUCCAAGGGCUGUGAAAGAAAGGAGGGGAAAGGCUAUGGACAUCUUUUUUUAUUGUAGAAGGUGUUUUUUAAAUAAAACGUGGUUUUAUCGGU